AUGAAAAUCAAAAGAAAAGAAAAGGCCGAGCCAAAGCCGAGGCUCUUCCUUGCUACUGCUCCGGAGAGCUGCCAAAGUGGCCGACUGGCUGCGGCUCUCGACGACGGCAGUCCAGCCCACUUUUGCCAUAUUUCUAGGGGAGUCUCCGCCACGGUUUACACUCGCCGCUGGGGUGCACCACGGCAGUUGGAAGAAAAAAGCGGCGGCGGCGGCGAGGAGCGUCUAAUAAUACCACCUGUGAUUCCGAGAACGAUCAGAACAGAUCCCCACACACACAAACACACCCUCCCCGACGCAGAGAGCAACAAAAAAACCUGA